CGGAACUUCUUUUCUUUGUUUAUUGUAGUAUUUUUUCAUUUUGUCUUUUGCUUUUUCUAGUGCUGCUUUUGCUUUGUCUUGUAUUUCUUUGAUUCUUUUUACAAACUCCUCCACCGACUUGUUCCUCGAUUCCAUCCACUGUUCCACUCCCUUCCAUGGGUGAUAUCUGUGAUUUGCAUAGAAUGGUGAUAUUUUGGUUGACGUGUUCAUUUUGUUGUUAUAUGCAAACUCCGCCAUUCCCAGCCACUCCAACCAGUCUGUUUGAUGGUAAUUGACAUAGAUGCGGAGAUAGUGCUCGAUCUCCUGAUUCAUGCGCUCCAUUUGCCCAUCCGUGAUUGGGUGAUAUGCAGUCCCCAGAUUCAUUUCCAUGCCCAACAUCCAAUUUGUCUCCCUCAUGAAGCCCUUGAUGUAUUGUGAGUCCCUGUCGGUGAUGAUCUUGCGAGGGAUCCCGUGAUAGCAGAAAACUUGGUCUCUGGUUGUUGAGAAAAAUGGGUCAAAGGGUUGAUUAGAUAAUUGUAGUGUAGGUUUGCAAUAGCAAUGAGAAUUGAACUUGGAUUGCUUUAGG